GGCACGCGGUCGGAGUCAAUGGCGACCACGGCCCAGGCUUUCGGUUUCUUCGCGUACUUUCUGCGGGUUUGGAUUCCGUACAGUGUUUUACUCUGCCUCGUCACAUGGGUGCUCGGCGUUGUACGGAAGUGGUGGGGCGUGCGACAAGCGCUGAAGCCUCUGCCCGGCCCUCCGGACGCUGUGCCUUUCUGGACCAUGCUCAAGAUGUAUCGAUCUCGGCGCUCCGUCAUCACCCAGAAGACGGCGGCCACGGAGUUUUCAUAUCUACUACGGGCCCUGUGCGAGAUGUACAAGAACCGGACAUUCAAGGCGUACCUUGGCUUUUCACCUUUCGUGAUCAUACAAAACCCCGAAGACGCAGAGGUCCUUCUGUCGAGCUCGGAGAACCUGAGGAAGCCUUUGUUCUACACGUUCACCAUACCGUGGUUGGGGCCGAGAAAUAUGCUUUAUAUCGCAGGCAACAUUUGGCGUUUCAAACGGAAGCUGCAGAUGCCUGCUUUUCACUCAAAGACUCUGGAGAAGUUCAUGGACGUGGUGAACGAGCACGCAGACAGCAUGGCUGAGCGCAUGGAAGAAGCCAGCCUCAAGAAAGAGCUGGCUCCCAUCCAAAAUAUUGCUAAACGGUGCAGUCUGGAUCUCAUCGGAGAAGUUCUGAUGGGCGUGAACUUAAAUACUCAGAAAAACCAGAACAACCAGUACAGCGAAUAUAUUUCUGGCGUGACGUUUCUCAUGGCAGUCCGGGCCUUCCGACCAUGGAUGUGGCUUAACACCAUCUACAACAUCUCCCUGGAAGGGAUGUGGUUUCGAAAAAUGGUCAGCGGCAUCAACGAAUUCAAUCUAAAGAUCAUGAGCGAACGAAAGAAGACAUUCCACCUGUACAGAAACCAGGGGGACCUCAGCGGAAGCGAAGAUGAGGAGGUCAAGUACAAGCGAGGGCCUCAGCCCGAGAGACGUGUGGCAGUCAUCGAUAUCAUGCUCGACAAACACUUCAAGGACCCGAGCUACACGAUGCAGGAGAUACGCAAGGACCUUGACUUGCUUCUGUUCGCGGGACACGACACUACAUCUAUUGCUAUGGCCUGGACGCUGUAUCUCUUGGGGCUGCAUCCUGAACUUCAAAGGAAAGUCCAGGAAGAAUUGGACGCCAUAUUUAUGGACGACAUUACCCGGGAUGUUACGAGAGACGACGUAGACCGCAUGGUGUUCCUCGAGGCAUGCUUCAAGGAAGCCAUGCGCCUCUUUCCUCCAAUACCGUUUAUAGGAAGGGUCCUCGACGAAAGCAUCAAGCUAGACGGCGUAGUGAUUCCUAAAGGUACCACUGUCUUUAUCAACAUAUUCGGCCUACACAGAAACAGCAACCACUUCGAAAAGCCCGAAGAGUUCAUACCUGCCAGAUUCUUGGAUGGAGCUGACAAGAAGCGACAUCCUUUCGCAUUCAUACCUUUUUCAGCUGGUGCGAAGAAUUGCAUCGGUCAACGCUUCGCGUAUCGCCAAGGCAAAGUCGUCCUGGCGAAGGUACUGCUUCGCUACACGUUCAAAGCCAGUUGGCCCCUGGACCGGCUCAAAGUGAGCACCGAAAUGGUGACCAAGGUCAAGGGAGGACUCCGCGUCUGGGUUCGUCGCAGGAAGCCCGGCCAGUACGCAUGAACCGACGAGAUAUUUGCCGGCAUGUGUGUUUGCGUGCUUUCCGAACGUGUGCCAGUGACUGCUUGUGUGCGAGCGCGUGAAGCAAGAGGACGUGCUUACACGUGGGCUACCACGCCACGCGCAGUCUCGCUUGGGAGACACAGCCGAGUGCCGGCGCGGCCGCAGGCGGGCAAGACGACGACUGGGGAACGCUAAGUGCGCCUCUCGCACAGAUAAGAAGAGUUGCACUGAUUAGCCGUGCGCACGCUGCGUUUUACCGCAGGGAGCGACGCGAUGUAACUACCGGACAGCAACGUUGGCCUGCGUCACCUAGAGUGGCAAUUACUAGGUUGAGCGUUCAACGGAUUGCCAGAGACAAUCUAAUGAAAAGUCGAGGCCAACUUUGGAAAUAAUACACAUGUUGUUUUGGA